ACAGCCAAAGGUCAGAUAUGUGUGCGUGUGUAUGUGAUCUACGUAAAACCACGGUGAUCGUAACAAAGUAGAUAUAUUUAUAUACACAUUGCUUGCAAUUGUAAUUUCUGUUUUUUGUUCGCCGCAAAAGUUAACGUCACUUUUACGGAAGGACACGCAUCGAGAAUCUUUCUUGAAGGUCCCGAAGCAGUUCGAAACUGAAAGAGUUCGACAACCCUUCUUGGCCACAUCCGAUGCUAAGACUCAACACGAGUCUCAUUCACAAAUCUCUCGAACAUGCAAACGCAGGAAGCGGAAGGUGCGGAUGGUUCGCCAUGGAACAAUUCCAGUGGCUGCGACGAGGAUCGCAAACCAGUUCAGAAGGAAGGCAAAAAGUCAAACGUAUUACCUUUAUGGGGCAACGAGAGGACUAUGAAUUUGAAUCCUUUGAUUCUUACCAAUAUACAAUCGUCGCAUUAUUUCAAGGUGAAUCUGUAUGAGCUCAAGACUUACCACGAGGUGAUUGAUGAAAUUUACUACAAGGUUUCCCAUCUAGAACCAUGGGAAAAAGGCAGCAGAAAGACUGCAGGCCAGACCGGCAUGUGUGGAGGCGUACGAGGCGUGGGAGCUGGCGGGAUUGUCUCCACGGCUUAUUGUCUAUUGUACAAACUCUUUACGCUGAGGCUAACCAGGAAACAGCUGAACGGGCUCAUCAACCAUCCGGAUUCGCCCUACAUCCGCGCCUUGGGAUUUAUGUAUAUUAGAUAUACGCAACCACCAGCAGACUUGUUCAGCUGGUAUAGUGACUACCUGGAGGAUGAAGAGGAGCUUGACGUAAAGGCAGGCGGUGGACAAACAAUGAAGAUGGGCGAUAUCCUGAAGCAGUUUCUAACAAAACUCGAGUGGUUUUCUACGUUGUUUCCGCGGAUUCCGGUUCCGAUCCAAAAAGAAUUGGAGCUGCGACUUGCCGAGCGGUUUCCGCAGCAGCAGAUGAAUGCGCGUAACGCAAAGCCACCGAUCACACUCAACAGCCACGGGAAGUAUGGCAAUAAAGACAGCCGUAAUAAGGAUAAUGGUAAUCUGAUGUCGCGCAACCAACAGCCCCGACAUAUUCCUGACAAUGAGGCUCAGUGGGGUGAGGCGGAACGUACGAGCCACUGGCGUGCCAGAUCUGAUGAGGAUCGCAAGGACAAAAAUAGGGAUCGGGAUCGAGAACGAGAGAGAUUGCGGGAACGCGAUAGAGAUAGAGCACGUGAAAGGGAUCGCGAGAGGGAUAGACACGGCAGAAGAUCCGGCAGUCGAAAUAGAAGACAGAGGGAUUACAGAAGUCGCAGUAGAGACAAGUCGUACAGAGAUCGGAGUAAGGAUCGUCAUCGCGACAGAGAUCGACAUCGGGAUAGAAAAAAUUCACCGUAUGACUAUGCUACAGAACUGGCACGUGAGCGUGAAAGGCAACGAAGGGAAAGAGAAUGAGACAAAAUGGAACUUCUUUUUUCUGCAUAUACUGUGUACAUAUUUAAUUAUUUAUAUGAACGAUGGGGAUUAAGACAGAGUGAUACCGAGCCAUCCACCAUCAUACACUAGCACGCAUAUCUAUCAUCAUGUGCGUGUUCACAGAAGGAUGUAAUUUUGAAGCAGGAAGAAUGUGUAUUAGCCUAAGUUUAAUUCGUCUAUAUUCACACAUAUGUAGUUUACAUGUUUUUAUAAAAUAAACUCGUCACACUGUCA